AUUUAAUUAUACAAUUCAUAGCUUAUUAUUGCUUUCGCCUUAGCACCACAUAAUCAUGGAUUAUGAUCAUUUGCAGAUUUCUAUCUACUCAGAUGACGCAAGCCGGAAAAAGAGAUGCAGCGAAAAGAUGGAGGAGAUGAAGAAUACACAAUUCUCAAGUACACAAGAUGCAGCUUCACCGCUACUGCAUAAGGAACUUGUUGGGGAGAAAAAUGUGGUGAUUUUUGAGUUGUAUGAUGCUGUUGAAAAAGGGGAUGUGGAUAACUUUGUUGAUGUGUUGGGGAAAGAAUUAGCAAAACGGAAAGUGCCUUUGUCUGAUAUCUUUGAUCAGGUAACAGGGGCAGGUGAUUCACUGCUUCACGUGGCAGCAUAUUUUGGGAGUGAAGAGAUUGCAGAGUUGAUUUGUUGUCACUUUCCUGAGCUUCUUAUUAAGAGAAAUGUGAGAGGUGAUACUGCACUUCAUGUUGCUGUGAGCUCCAAGAACUUGACUACAGUAAAGCUUAUUCUGUCUCAGUAUGCCAUAGAGAAGUCAAAACAUGAUUGUUUGAAAGAUAAAGAGAUAACAAGAGAAAAGAAUAAGUAUGAGAACACUCCUUUGCAUGAAGCUGUGUACAGUGGGGAUGUUGGUGUGGUGAAAAAGAUUUUAAAGGCAGAUAAGGAUGUGGUUCAUUGUUUGAACAAGUCAAGUAGAUCACCACUAUUCUUGUCAGUUAUGAGUCCAAAUGUGAAAAUUUUGAAUCUUCUGUUACAAAUUCCCUUUCCUGCGGAUCAACCACUUCCACAGUGUUUCGGAAACUCUCCACUCCAUGCAGCCAUACUUGAAAGGAAUCCUGGUCUAAUAAGAAAGAUAUUAGGGAAAAGAGAGGAGCUAAUUUACCUGAGAGAUGAAGAAGGGGGCACUCCCUUUCAUUAUGCAGCUUACACUGGUUAUGUUAAAGGAUUUCGUAUAUUGUUACAAAAUUCAUCAGAGAAAUCAAACCAAAGUCUCUUAGAACGGAACAAAAAGGGCAAUUUUCCUAUUCAUCUUGCUUGCAAAAGAGGUCAUGUUGAGGUGGUGGAAGAAUUCCUUCUACAUGAAUUGCCCACUAAUCCUUAUGAUCUCCUCAAUCGAAAAGGUCAAAAUAUUCUUCAUAUUGCAGCGAAGAAUGGAAAAACUAAAGUGGUGCAACACCUGUUGCGAAAUCAGAAGAUCGAUCAGCGUGCUAUAAAUCAUAGAGAUAAUGAUGGAAACACGCCAUUGCAUUUAGCUUCAAUAAACUUAUUUCCAAGAGUUCUAUAUUUUAUUGCACAAGACGAGAGGAUUAACGUGAAUAUCACCAAUAACGACGAUUUAACAGCUCGAGAUAUUAUUGAUUUGGAAUUUGAUACUCAGAAGACUGUUCGAAAGUUUCUAGCCAACAUGGUUUUGGUAAAAGCUCGCGUACCCUUAAAGUUAAAUCGCAUGUUGCACUUUCAACGCCAACAAUCACCCAAAAGGAAUUUGCAUUUAAAAGAUCCGAACACAUUCUUAGUUGCGGCCGCUUUGAUUGUGACUGUGACAUUUACUGCUUUUUUGACUGUUCCAGGAGGUGUAUACAGUUCUGAUGACCCAAAUCCAGAAAAUAGAGGAAUGGCAGUUCUGGCUCAUAAAACACUUUUCUGGUUCUUCUGCAUCUACAAUACAAUAAGCAUGUUAAGUUCCACAGCUGCAUGUGCACUGAUGUUGGUGGCCCAAACUUUUGACUCUGAAUUGACACAUAAGGCAACUUUCUUCGCAACAGCGUGUUUGUUUAUUUCCUUUUCAUUCUUGCCAAGUGUAUUUUUGGGUGCUGUAACUCUAGUUUUAGUCACUAAUUAUUCACUCAAAUUGGUUUUAGUUUUUAUAACACUAGUUGGCACUUUAUUCUUGACUUUUUGCCUAUAUGGAUUUUAUCUUCUUACGUUCCAUCCUAUUCAGGGACCGGUUCUUUGGAUUUUAAUUGCACUACUAAAUUACGUCAAUAAGCCAGAAGAUUCAUCUUAUCAGAAAGCGAUCAAGGAUAAGGACAAGUUUGUGUAAUCAAAAGAGCAUGUGUAAUAGGUGGAUUGAACUAUAUGUUGAAAAUGUUACGACUUUGAUUAUGAAAAUUAAUAUUUCAUGUUAUUUGAAGUUGUGAUGUG